UGCUGGUUUUAAUGCAGGGGGGCUUCAGUUUCCGGACUAGUUUGGUCGUCCAAUCAGCAAGCGAAUCCGGAGAGGUCAAAGGUAGGCAAACCGGAAGAUCAACAUAGCAACAAAGGCGUUUGGUUGAAGCCCAACAAAAAUCCAUCUGGUUUUAGAAAUGUUCCCCCGUUUUUUGUUUUUCUCUGUAAUGAUUCGCUGUUGCUGCUCUGCUUUGUCGCUUCCGGACGUCCCGAACAUCGCCUCUCACUUCGGCACCAAGACCCGCUACGAGGAGGUGAACCCGCACCUGCUGCGGGACAUUUUGUUUGUAAAUAAGUCGGUUCUCCGGGCUCCUAGCAGCGAGCGCUGCUCCCCGGUUCACUUAACCGCGGUGGUCAGGCACGGCAGCCGGUACCCGACUGUCAAAAACGUCCGGGCGAUCGACAAGCUCAGCGAGUUGGUUCGGAGCCAAAGUCCGCAAGACUCCACCGGAUGGAGGAGGGACAUCCUGAAGCGAUGGAAAAUGUGGUACACCGACGACAUGGACGGCCAGCUGGUGCACAAGGGCCGAGAAGACGUGCGCCACCUAGCGAGGCGUCUGUCCGUGCUGCUGCCAUCGUUGUUGGGGGAGGAGCAAGUGCGAGGGGGGCGUGUCCGUCUGCUGACCAGCUCCAAGCAUCGCUGUAUAAGCAGCGUAGAGGCGUUUCAGGAGGGUCUUCACCAGCAAGCCAACCUGUCACCCGUCUCAGACGUGCGCUACAGCCACCAAGUGGACGAUGAACUUCUGCGUUCCUUCGAGCAUUGCCGUGGUUACGUGGAGGGUGUGGAGAACAACCGCACGGCGCUGGCGGAGGUCAAGAAGUUCAAACACGGACAUGAGAUGGAUGGCGUACGGAAGAGAGUGGCGGCAAGACUUGGACUUCCUGAGGACAGCUUCACACCAGAUCUGCUCGAGGCGGCGUUCUUCUUGUGCUCCUACGAACUGGCCAUCAAGUCCGAGCACUCGCCAUGGUGCCUCCUGUUUGACGAAGACGACGCACAGGUGCUGGAGUACAAGUCGGACCUGAAGCAGUACUGGAAGCGUGCGCACGGCCACGCCAUCAACAGCCUGUCCAGCUGCCCGCUCUUCCAUCAUGUCUUCAGGACCCUCGACAAGGCCGGACGACCCCGCAGGUCCACUGACGCAUCACCUGAGCCCGCCUCCAUCCUGAUUGGCCACGCAGAGACACUCCUCCCCCUGCUUUCCCUGCUGGGUCUUUACAAGGAUGAAGCUCCGCCCACUGCAGACAACUACCACAGACAGCAUGGUCGAAGUUUCCGAACCAGCAAAAUUGUCCCGUACGCCGCCAACGUGCUCUUCGUCCUCUACGACUGCCAGCGAGGACCCCGACUGCAGCUGCUCAUCAACGAGACCCCGGUUCGAUUCCCGGGACUGUCGGCGGAGGACGUGCCUCUUUACCGCGACGUCCGCGCGACGUACCGUCACCUGCUGGACGGCUGCGACUUCCACAAGGAGUGUCACGGAACGUCCGCCGGGCGAGGACCCAACACCGAGCUGUGAUGUGGCGUCAGCCAAUCGUCACGUUCGCAGGACCCGCUGCUGAAGAAGCAGUUAGGACGCCAUUUUGGAUAAAUGAAUGUAUGGGAAACACUGGUGGACUCCAUUUUACAUUACGUUUGCGUUUGGAGGGGGAAGUGUGGUUUCACUGAAAAUGGCGUCUUCGUGACUGACAGUGAUGAUGAUAAUUUCACUAGAACUCAGAGAUGUACUUAAAAAAAAAAACUGUUUAUUCCAGCCUGGAAACAAAAUGUCUAACAAGAAGACAUUUUGUUUUUCCAGCCUAAGAGUUUAUAACUUAUGUGAUAUGAUACAAUUUUCAUGACUUGUUUACUAAUCAAUAACAUUAAGUUGGGACACAUUUUAGGACUUAUCAAAAUAAAAGCCCCCCGAAGCAGCUUUGCGUCUGAGGCAAGUUUUUCAGGAAAUGCUAAUCAAUAUUAAUCACCAGCUUACCCUAAUUAGCUAACCUUGAGGGCUUUAUAAAAAAAAAGUUGGCACAAAAAAAA